GAAACGGAACAAUAACAAACAGCGGGAAUUCCACUGACGAACAUGAUGUAAACAUGUACCCAUGUCUACAAGGGACAAGACUUCAGACGCAAAACACCUCAACCAACCAACCAACCCACCUACAGGGAACACAGAAAGAGGCAGACAUGGAGACUGGACGUAUUUUAUGGCUGGUCAUCGCUACCAUUAUGAUACUAGGCUUUUCACAGGUCAGAUACAUAGUCGAAGAAAAAUCUAAAGAUGAUAUAAAUGAGGCAUCAGUGACAGGCGACACUUACAAACUUGAAAUCAACAAACGAAAAGUAGAAGAUGACGCAUCCAUAAUGAAGACAUACGACCAAAUAUUUGAAGGCAUUUUAGAGAAUGAUGUAACGAUGACAGACGAAGAUUACAUACCAGUAGUCAACGAACAAUCAGUAAAGGAUGUACAUGAGGCAGCGACUAGAGACGACGGGGUUCUCCGCUCACGGAAAACCCUGAAAACCCUGAAAACCAUGAGAGUCCCUAGCUUGGUGGACCGUAGCCAUAACCCAGAAAGUCCAAAUGCGGACAAAGAAACGGCAAGAAGAGACAGGUCGAAUAUUCCAAGGAGCCAGACAGGACACAGGAUCGUAAAGAGAGACCCUCCCCAGUGGAAGACACUGCUGUAUGGUUAGUCAUUAAGUCACAUACCAUCUCAUGAUCAUUAGAAUCAACUUAGUCAUGUUGGCCAUGUUAAGGAUCCAGGCAUUGCCAACCGGAGUUACCAUAUCGGAAAGUUUUGCGGAGUGUAAAUCCAAAUGGUCCGGGGUUCACAACCGGAGUUGCAGCAUCGGAGAUUUCCGGAAUGCAACUCCAGCGGAUUUCGGCAUUUACAACCGUCACAGUUAAAGUAUCGGAGUAUCCGACUUCUCCCCGGGUUCACAACGGAGUGAAGGCAGUAGAACUGGGAACGGAUAGGAGUAAAUCCUAGUCAGGUUUAUUCCAGUUUCAUGGUAGUCAUGAUCCCGAGUCGUUGAGGUAACAAACUAUAUUUGUAUCAGACUAAUUUGUGAAGCAGCUUCUGUUUUCUUUACAUCCAGAAUUAGGGAGGAAAUAAAUGCAAUACGUUCGUAUGUCAGUUUGAACCUAGCGGGAAUUGAAAAAUCGAAACAUUUGCAAAUUUAACUUUGAGCUCAGAGUUCUAUUAAUACACUUAUAUCACCCUAUAGACAUAUCAUACGCAAUUGUAUUGACACUGAAUUGUGUAGUAAAAUUGAAGUGUUUGUUAAAAUUUCAAAGCACUACUUUGUUUGCCUAUCAGCACGCUACAACAUUUGUGUGGACUGUCGAUAAGGCGGGAUUUUAAAUUUUUGAUAUAAAUUGUAAGUUAAAAAAGAACAUACGAGGCAGGAAAAACGUAACUAUAAGUAUUGAACUGAACUGUUGACACAGCUUUGCAUUAUUUGUUUAUGUGUUAUAUUUCUAAUAAACCGUUGUUG